AUGACCGCUUAUAGAAGGAAAACUUCGGGAACACAAACGGAACUCAACAAACCGUUAUUGGAAAGUUUUACUGUUUUAUUUUAUAUAUGCAAAGUACUGGGCAUUAAUUCACAGGAUUGGGAGGAAUUUCGCAAGUAUAAACACUUAAAGAAAUCAGCAACCGGAGAGGGAUUGGUAAUAAUAGGCGUAAUAAUAUUAUUUAUUAAUUUUAAUUUAAUGGUUGCGGUGUUUGAAUCAAGAUCCUACAUAGCGCAAAAAGAUCUGUUGUCAGUGGGCAUAGGAUUUGCCUUGACCUAUUUCAGUUUGGCCUUAGUUUUGGCUGAUCGUAUAACGGGUUUGGUGAAACAGGAAGGUUUUAUUGGAAUUUUUAAGCAACUGCAAGAAAUAGAUGAAGACUUUAGGGAUUUGAAUAUUAUAUUCGAUAAUAGUUUUAUCAAAUAUCGUUUGGUGGGGCAUAUUUUGACAUUUAUCUGGGAAAUCGUAAUAUUUAUCUUAAGCUUCAUAUUAUAUGUGGACAAGGACAAUUGGACGGCUUGGUUGUGGAUUUAUACGAACAUACCGACUUUAUUUAAUACCCUGGACAAAAUGUGGUAUGUUUUCAUACUCAUGGCCAUCAAACAGCGUUUUGAGGCCAUUAAUAGAGCUUUCGAUGAGGAGGCUUUGAAAAUAGGAAGAAAACAGCAAAAGGAAAAAAGGUUUAAAGUUUCUAAAAAGAUCAAAAACGAGAAUAGGAUUCUAAAAUAUUCAUUCAAAAAUCAAAUAAGACCAGUUGCUACGAAUUUUCAAGCAGUUUUCGGUGAUGUCGUCCGCAAUCCUCAAAUAUUUUCCAAUUCUUUUAAUGAUGCUAUAGCAGAAAUUUCAAAACCUCGCUCAACUUCUACAUCCUCUAAUUCCUCGACAUCUUAUGGUCCAGCUUAUGCAAGUCUGGAGGACAGAUUCGUAAAAUUUUGUCAACUGCAUGAUACUUUGUGUAGGGUGGGCAGACAACUAAACGAAGUCUAUGCCAUUCCCAUUCUAAUGCUGAUGGGUUAUGGAUUUUUUAUUGUCACGGCCCAAUUGUAUUUCUUUUACUGUUCUCAAGUGAAUCAGGUGAUUCCAGCCCUGUUUCGACCGGCCCAAAGUUGGUGGAUAACCUCUCUAUAUAUCUGGUAUAUAUCCUCCAAAUGUAUUACAAUUUUAAGUGGAAACUGGAAAACAAAUUUGGAAUCGAAAAAGACCGGCAUCUGUAUGCAUCGCUGUGCAAUGGCAGAUGAUAAAAAUGACACCUAUGAAAUGAUUAAUCACCUCUCGUUAAAACUAUUCAAUCAAGCUUUAAACUCUAAUGCCUGCGGUUAUUUUUCCUUAGAUAUGGAAACUUUAUUCGGUUUUUGUGGUGGCAUUACAACAUAUUUAAUCAUCUUGAUACAAUUUAAUCUUGAGCAACAACAAGUAAAAUCAAACAAUGAAAAUGGUGAUGACAAAGCAAUAGAAUUAAACACUUUGAAUGGUGACCCAAACAACUUCGAAAAUAACAUGGAGAAU